AUGGCGACUCUUCGCGAGAAGCUUAUGUAUACAGUGGGCAUUCUGGCAGCCAUGGGAUCGGGAACGGUACUGCCCUUGAUGACUCUAAUUUUUGGCAACUUCGUGUCGGUAUUCACCGAUUUUGCUUUGGGGCGGAUCCCCAGUGACCACUUCCGAGGCAAAGUAAACCAUUACACGCUGUACUUCAUCUACAUGUUCAUCGCAAAGGCAGCAUGCACAUAUAUCUACAUGUUUCUGUUCACCGUCGUCGCUGCCAGUGUCAAUUCGGCUGUUCGACAGAAAUAUGUAAAUGUUGUUCUCCAUCAACGAAUCGCGUAUCAUGAAACCGUUCUCACAUCGGGAGCCGUCUCCCUCGCCCUCUCUACUCAUUCAAACACCAUUCGAUCUGGCCUAGCUGAGAAAUUCGGCUUGUCAUUAAAGAGUAGCUCUACUGUCGUGGCAGCUUUCGUUGUGGCACUUCAUUCGCAGUGGAAAUUGGCUUUAGUCACGGCUACAAUAAUUCCAGCUGCGGUUGGGGCGGUCGGAAUUACGAGUGUGUUUGACGAGAAGAAAGAAGUAAGCCUUAACGCCAUCAAUGCAGAAGCCGCAACGCUUGCGGAUGAAGUGAUAAGCUCCAUGAGGACCGUUAGGGCGCUUGGAGCCGAAAAGGCUCUAGGCGGUAAGUACGAAGGCAUGCUGAAGCGCGCCAUUGCAAUUGGACUUGCUCGAUCCCCGAUCAAGGGGAUCCAGGCUGGGGUUUACAUAUUCAUGCUCUAUGGAGGAUAUGCCCUCGCCUUUUGGUACGGACUGAAACUAUAUGUCGAUGGUGAAGCGGCAACGGCUGGGACAGUCAUCACCACUCUCUUCUCCAUUAUGAUUGGUGUAAACGCUUUUUCAGAACUCGCUGGUUAUCUUGGACCCUUUUUGCGAAUUAAAUCUGCUGGAGCCGAGAUUUUUAAAGUCAUCGAUUCGGCCCCGACAGCAGGACCGAACUUGGGGCGGGAUGAAAACUCCAAUUAUGCGACGGGCUAUUUCCAGCAAGACAUCACCUUUGACAACAUAUCGUUCAAUUAUCCAACUCGGAAAAAUGUUACGGUUCUAAAAGGAUUUUCUCUCAAUAUUCCAGCUGGUAAGACUACUGCUUUGGUCGGGCCCAGUGGUUCCGGCAAGUCAACUGUUGUCGGACUACUUUUGAGAUGGUAUGAUGUUGCGAGUGGGCAGAUCAAGAUAGGUGAAUCUGGAUCAGAUGAAAUCCCACUUCAGACGUUGAGGGCAAAUAUUGGACUUGUGCAACAAGAACCUUACUUGUUCACAGGUACCGUAUACGAAAAUAUCGAGUAUGGAUUGUCAGGAAGCCCAUUGGAGCAGCUACCGGCCGAAGAAAAGAAGCGUCUGAUCGUAGAAGCUUGCAAGACUUCCAAUGCUCACGAAUUUGUCACCAGACUGCCCGAGGGAUACGAUACACCAAUUGGAAACCGAGGCACGAUGCUUUCUGGUGGCCAGAAACAGCGACUGGCUAUUGCUCGAGCGAUUGUCAAGAACCCACCUAUUCUUAUCCUAGAUGAGGCUACAAGUGCGCUGGAUGUGAAUUCAGAGGCCACCGUUCAACGGGCGCUCGAUAAUGCUUGUGAAAAUAGGACGACUAUAUCGAUUGCCCAUCGCCUGACCACUAUCAAAGCUGCAGAUCAAAUUGUAGUAAUGAAAAAGGGCGAAGUUGCAGAGGUUGGUACACACAUGAGCCUAUUGGACAAGGGAGACAGUAUUUAUAAACGGCUAUGGGAGGCGCAAAUGUUAUCGCAAAGCCAACACUCCAUGGAAAGAGAGGAUGAAGAGCUCGAAACAGUAGCUAGUGAUUCUCUCCUCCAAAAAGAACUGACGCAGGUGCAAGAUGCACCUCGUGCAAUGUCGGAGCAUACGAGCCAAAAGCUUAAGAGCAGAGGAGUAUUUACUCUUGUUAGAAAAAUCCUUUCUUCUCAAAAGAAGUACUGGUGGGUGUUCUUCAUUAUUUGUGCAUCUGCAACCGUUGGAGGUGCUCUAUUUCCUGUUCAAGCAUUUCUUUACGCCAGAGUGGUGACAACAUUCCAGUUGACUGGUGCUGCCCUCGUAUCUCACGGUAACUUUUGGAGUCUCAUGUGGUUUAUACUGGCCAUCGCAGUCGGAAUCGGGUAUUUGGGUGUAGGAUGGGCGGGAGGAGCGCUGGGAGAGCUUGUUGCCCAGGCAUAUCGAUAUGACUACUUACGCUCUAUGAUGUCUCAGCCUAUGGCAUUUUUUGAUCUUGAACAGAAUUCCGUCGGCAGCUUGCUAUCCAGACUCUCGUCAGACCCCGACGCAGUAAACGCUCUUGCGGGGAGCAAUCUUGCAGCUAUUGUAACUGUCGGAGUCGCAUUAGCUAGCUGCGUGGCACUUGCUUUGGCUACGGGCUGGAAACUUGGCCUCGUGGUUCUUUUUGGUGGCUUCCCAUUCAUUUUUGGAGCCGGAGUUGUCCACGAAAGAAUGCAAAAUUCGUUUGAGGAGAAGUCUGGGGCCAUGUUGGCCGACAGUGUUGGCUUCGCCAGCGAAGCUAUUCAAGCCAUACGCACCGUGUCAGCGCUGAACAUGGAGCCCUUGAUUGAAAAGAAGUUCGGAAAGUUGCUGGACGAAUAUAGCCGCAAUGCUUGGCAAUAUGCGGUACGGAGCAUGACUUGGUUUGCUUUGAGCGACAGCAUUGACUUGCUGUGUAUGGCUCUGGCCUUCUGGUAUGGUGGCCGCCUAUUAUCGUUCCAGGAGUAUACAACAACACAAUUUUUCAUCGUGUUCAUAGCGAUCGUAUUUGGAGCCCAAACCACAGGGCAAUUCUUUGCCCACAGUUCAGACAUAUCUCAAGGUAUAUCGUCGACCCGAGCGAUUUACGAACUGGAAGAUUCCGUGCCAGAUGUAGCCAGUCUGAAUCAGACGGCGCCAGACAUUUCGGUUCUGGACCAAGAGACUCCCCUCAUAGAAUUCCGCGAUAUAGACUUUUCGUACCCCUCCAGGCCGUCUCAACGGGUGCUGAAGCACUUCAAUUUGAAGCUAUACAAAGGACAAUCCAUAGCUUUGGUUGGUCCUUCUGGGUGCGGCAAAUCCACCAUAAUCCAGCUUCUCGAGCGAUUUUAUGAGCCCCUCGCAGGAGAAAUUAUAAUUUCAGGUACAUCAAUGCAGAGCUACGCUCCUGGAACCACUCGCACAUUAUUUUCGUUGGUCAGCCAGGAGCCAGUUCUAUAUCAGGGCACUGUCGAGGAAAAUAUCAACUUGGGAAGAUCGACGCCAUUAACACCAAACGAACUGGAGCGCGUCAUUGAUCAGUCACAACUUCGAGAUUUAAUCUCAUCCCUCCCAGAUGGAGUGAAAACUUCAGUGGGAUCUAGAGGUACCCAACUCUCCGGUGGCCAGAAGCAACGUAUUGCAAUUGCGCGAGCGAUUGCUAUGGAUGCACCGGUUCUGCUUCUCGAUGAAGCCACGAGCGCCUUGGACAGUGAGAGUGAGCAGCUCAUUCAAGCUGCUAUUAGAGAGGGCACUCAAGGUAAAACCGUCAUAUCGAUAGCACAUCGGCUCUCUACGAUCCAACACUGCGACUGCAUUUAUGUGCUCGAUGGUGGAAGGAUAAUUGAGAAAGGAACCCAUUCUAGCCUAUUGGAAUUGAAGGGUCAGUAUUGGUCCAUGGUGAUGGCUCAGAUUGGCGUCGGCGAGUCUUGA